AUGAUCGAUGUCGUUAGCAAGAGGUGCGCGCACAGCGGUUGCAACAAGUGGCCGUCGUACGGCAUGCCCCCCUCCAAAAAGGCCGAGUUCUGUGCAAACCAUGCGAGGCCGGGGAUGGUGGGCGUGUGCAACAAGCGCUGCGCUCACCCCGGUUGUACGAAGCAGCCAAAAUACGGUGUCGCCGGCAGCAAGAAGCGGGAGUUCUGUGCGCCACAUGCAAAGGGAGGGAUGGUCGACGUGUACAACAAGAGGUGCGGCUUUCAGGGCUGCACGAAGGGGCCAUCGUACGGCGUGGCCGGCUCCAAGAAGCGGGAGUUCUGUGCGCAGCAUGCGAAAGAAGGUAUGGUGAACGUCUGCAGCCGGAAGAGAGCGAGAGAUCUGAGGGAUGCGCGCCUCGCCGUCGAGGCGGCCGCUUCUGCCCGCCCCAAGCUAGACUUGCAGCAGCAGGCAGGGGGAGACUCCGACGUGAACGGCGGGGUGUACAGCGUCGCCGACUCCUCCACCAACUACUCGAGGACCUUCUGCGGAUCAGGAACUGGCGGGCGCAUGGGCGGUGACAACGGCAGCGGGGGAGGCACGCCGUUCCAGCGGCAAGGUCCUGGCGGCAUAUCCUUCCUCAGCGACACCCACCCCGUAGCUGGAGGUACGGGGAGCUUCGACCGGCACCUCUACUCCCCAAUGGUCACCCAUAGAUUUGCCGGGUCCAUGAUAGGGCAGGGCACCACCGCCGCCGGCGGCGGCGGGGGGGCACUCGGCGGCAACAUGUUCGAACCACAUGGCGGUGCGGGCGCGACUACCUCUUCGAUCAGCAGCGGGGACCCUCACGCCGGCCCGGGGGGCGCUCUACAGGGCGCGCUGGCGGCGGCAACAGCGAUCCCGCCCGCCAACUCCGCGGAAGACGCCGCCGUGGCGGAGCUCGUGAUGGGGCUCAAGAACAGGAGAACCCAGGACGGGGAAGGCGUUGAUGAUGGUGACGAUGAUGCCGCUGAGGGUGCUCCAGACGUCGCGCCUGCCAACAACGAGCGGUCGAUCUAG